UCGCGUAUAGCGAAUAUAAACUUUCGAAUCAGAAUUGUCAACUUAAUCAUUAGAGUAAAAUGUACGAGUAAUGUAAUAGUUUUAUUAGGAGUUCAUACAUUGUGCACUAGAUAAGAUAAAAUUAAGUGAUAACCAAAAUUUCUUAUUUUUUUUUUUCUUUUUUGCAAUAGUCAAAUCAAAUAAAACAAUUAUUUCUAAAAUUGGUUUGGUCUAGAUUGGAAACUAUUAACGAGAUAUGAUUUUAUGGUAGCCAUUAAAAAGUCUUCCGAGUAUGAAUUGGUAGAAAUUAGAAUAAACAACAGUAGUGUUACACGUAUAAGCACCUCAUCCUAGUUUGCAUGCAUGGUGACACCUAUACAUUCAUUUCAUCACCUUUCCUCCAUUAUAAAACUAACCAUACUAAAUUCCAAAAGCGGCAACCAUUUUCUAGCAAAGUAAAAAGUUUAAAAACAAUUACAAAACCAGUAAAAAUUUCCAGAAAUAAAAAUGUCUGGAAAAAACAAUAGUACUUACACUAGUAUUGACAAAACCAACCUCUUAAACCCAGAAAUUGACGAAGAAAACCAAAUGUUUAGAAGAAGAAGAUCAGAUGAAGAUGAUAAUGAUGAUGAAAGAGCCCAAAAUGAAGAUAGGCCCAAGCCCAAAAGCCCAACAUGGAAGGGAGAGAGUGCUAAGAGUGUUGUUUAUGGAGGGUUAGAUGCUAUAGUCACCUGUUUUUCACUUAUCUCAUCUAUCUCUAGUGGUGGCAGUAUGUCAUCUGUCGAUGUUUUAGUGUUAGGAUUCGCGAAUCUAGUGGCCGAUGGGAUUUCCAUGGGGUUUGGGGAUUAUUUGAGUAGUUCUACUGAGAAGGAGAUGGCUUCUAAGGAAAGAGAUGUAACACAAUGGGAGGUUGAUAAUCAUGGUUUGUCACAAAUUACGAAUUUGGUUAAGCGGUACCAAGAGCUUGGUAUGGAUCCCCAAGACGCUAAUAUGGUGGUAGAAAUAUUUUCAAAGUACAAAAAUAUAAUGGUGGAUGAGAAAAUGAUGGGUCAAAAGGGGAUAAUGCCACCAGACCAAGAGGAGAAGCCAUGGAAGAGUGGCUUAGUCACCUUCACUUCCUUCCUACUCUUUGGGUGUGCUCCGCUUCUAUCAUUUAUCAUCCUCAUUCCUUUCACCAACAACGAUACCAUCAAGUUCAUCGGCGCUUGCAUACUGUCCGUCCUCGCCCUCACCCUUCUAGGACUCGCAAAGGCGAAGAUCUCCGGUGGAAGUUAUACGCUCUCGGCUCUCAUGACUGUUUCUAAUGGUGUCAUUGCUGCUGCUGUUGCUUAUGCCAUUGGAUGGAGUCUUAGAAAUCUUGCUGGCCUAGAAGAGCCUUAGUUAUAUUGUGCACUCCUUGAAGCUAUGUUCAAAUAUUUUUGUAGUUGUAUUAUACAUGGGGGAAAAUUGCACUACAUAAUGGUUUCAAUUUUGAUGUUUAUUAUGUAGUGAGAUGAAAAAUUUUGUGCUUCUAAUAUACUACUACCAUGUAUUGGUCGUGUACUCUUAAGAAAAAUCUGAUUGAUAGAAUUGUAUUG